AUGGAAGAAGAAAUAACUAUUCGAAUGGAAGAGAACGUCUCGAAACCGGAACAGAAAUUGCGCCCAAUAAUGUACACCACCUGGUUACUGGGUGUCGGAGUGGCUCGACCACAAAAUUGUCCAAAUUCAAUCACAAUCAUUCUUCGCGUUAUUCAUUUUGGCUUAUGCUCGGUGAUCGUCGCUUUCAGCACGAUGGAUUUCGUGAAUUUCGGUAAAGUGUUCCACAGUCAAUUGUUCGAAAUUAUGUACUGGAUGAACGAGACAAUGUGUCACGUAGCAUCGUACUAUUACGUCGGCCAUUUGGUAAAACAUUACAACAAAUGGCCUGAAUUGAUGAAGAAGCUCGAGUUUUUGGAUCUACAUAUUGGAAAAGAAGUGUCUAUCAACGAUGGAUCAAUGAAGAUCAGACAGAUCCUGGCUGUUCUGACGGUUUGUCUGUCUGGACCUGUGUCAUUGAUCGUCCAUGUUCUCUACUAUUACUUCACUGCACCGGAUCAGAUCUUUGCUUCGGAUUUGUUGCUUUAUUACACGAUUUCACAGACACUGGGAAACAGCUUCGUGUUUGACAUAAUCGUGUACAUGAUCUGUCAGAGAUUCAGGGCGAUCAAUGAGAUGAUCGAGCAAUUGGACGAAGGAUCAGGUAUGCAUUGGACUGCGUUGAAAAUAAGAAGAAUCAGAAGACUGCACAAUGAAAUAUGUUCUGUAAUAAUGACGGUAAAUGAGAUCUAUGGCAUAGAUCUACUGAUAUGUUCCACAAAUUCUUUCAUAAUGGUAGUUGCAAAAUUAUUCAGAAUUUAUAUGAGUGCCGCGGAAAAGAAGAAUGGUUUCAUAUUAAUAAAUAACAUAAUAUGGAUGAUCUACGGAGGGCAAUUCGUUAUAAUGUGCUGGGUGUGCACGCUGACUCAUCGAGAGAUAAAUAAAAUUGGUCUAUGUAUAAACCAAUUUACUUUGAACGUUCAACAUUCAACGAAAUUCAACAAGCUGGCAUUUUUCAAUAAUUUUCGAAACAGGGAACCGGAACAAUUAGAAAUAUGUGGCGAUAACACUGCGUUAAAUUUAAAUGGUUUUGGAAUCGAAAAUCUGCUGAGGACAAACUUUGAACGAGACUGUGUCAGAAACGAAAUUAAUGAUUUUUCAUUGCAAUUGCAACAACAUCGUAUUGCAUUUACAGCCUGCGAUUUCUUUGAAAUGGAUAAUUCGCUGCUUACAAGAGUAAGUAUCACGAAUAUAUACUUUGUUAUUUAA